AUGUUGUCUCCUAAUAUAGUGCUUAUGGAUAAUUGGCCAGGAUAUGACUUGGAUUUAUUCACGUACCCACAGCACUAUUAUGGUGAUCUGGAGUGUGUGCUCAUCCCUCAUGGCAUCAUAGUGGACAGAAUUGAGCGUCUGGCUAAGGAUAUAAUGAAAGACAUAGGCUGCCAUGAUAUUCUGGUCCUGUGUGUGCUGAAAGGAGGUUACAAAUUCUGUGCUGAUCUUGUAGAACACCUCAAGAACAUCAGCCGAAAUUCAGACCGGUUUGUCUCUAUGAAGGUUGACUUCAUCAGACUAAAGAGUUACAAGAAUGACCGGUCCAUGGGUGAAAUGCAGAUCAUAGGAGGCGAGGACCUUACAACACUGGAUGGAAAGAAUGUCCUCAUUGUUGAGGAUGUUGUUGGAACUGGGAGGACCAUGAAAGCGCUGCUCAACAGCAUUGAGAAAUACAAACCCAACAUGGUGAAGGUAGCCAGUUUGUUGGUGAAGAGAACCGCCAGAAGUGACAGCUUCAGACCUGACUAUGCUGGAUUUGAGAUCCCAGAUGUCUUUGUGGUGGGCUAUGCCUUAGACUACAAUGAAUACUUCAGAGACCUGAAUCACAUAUGCGUAAUCAAUGAAAACGGUAAAGAAAAAUAUCGACUAUGAUGAAGCAAAACUCCUCAUCUCUCUC